CCAGACUGUUGCGUGUGAGACUAGAAUGAAGAUUGUAGCCUUGGUUUGGUGUAUUGGGCUCUUAAAGAUCAGAGAAGCAUCUGGAAACAAAGAAAGGGACGCUGGGAAAGAUGUUUGCAUGGACACAGUAUCCUGCACAGAGUGUAUCACAUCCAACCCCAAGUGUGCUUGGUGCUCAUCCAAGAACUUUACACAUGGCGGGGAGUCCGAAGGAUCUCGAUGUGCACCUUACUCGGAACUAAAAAAGCGUGGAUGUGAUGAUGAAUAUGUGAUAAACCCCAAAGGAUCUGUAAGAAUUUUAAAAAACAAACCAUUAAGCGACAGUGCAGAGGAAGAGACAGUCAUCCAGCUAACUCCCCAGCGAGUACACCUGAAACUGCGUCCUGGGCAAGAGACAAAGUUCCACGUGAAGUUCAAGCGGGCAGAGGGGUAUCCGAUUGACUUGUAUUAUUUGAUGGACCUGUCAUACUCCAUGAAGGAUGAUUUGGAGAAUGUGAAGAAGUUGGGCAAUGAUAUUCAGAAGGCACUGCAGAAUGUUACAAAAUCUGUGCGCAUAGGUUUUGGUUCAUUUGUGGAUAAGACGGUGCUGCCCUACGUAAGUACAGGGAGAACCCAGCUUAAAAAUCCUUGCCCAUCUCGGACGGAGCGCUGCCAACCAGCUUUCAGCUACCGCCACGUUCUGCCCUUAACGUCAAAUCUCACCCUGUUCCAAAUGAGCGUCAGUGGAAAUAUCUCUGGCAAUCUGGAUUCACCAGAGGGGGGAUUUGAUGCUAUGCUUCAGGCAGCUGUGUGCACAAGUCACAUUGGCUGGAGGAAUGUUUCUCGGCUGCUGGUAUUUGCUUCUGAUGAUGUAUUUCAUACUGCUGGGGAUGGAAGAUUAGGAGGAAUUUACCUUCCAAGCGAUGGGCGUUGCCAUUUAAAUGACAAUGGUGAAUACUAUCAGAGCCACAUAUACGAUUAUCCAUCAGUGGGACAUCUUGCUCAGAUCCUAUCGGAAGCUAACAUUCAGCCUAUAUUUGCAGUUACCAGCAAUUAUAUCUCUAUAUACCAGGUAUUGAACUCAUUCCAAAAAUCUGUGGUGGGUGAAUUAAAAGAAGAUUCAAGCAAUGUGGUAAAUCUGAUUUCUGAAGCUUAUAAUAAUUUAUCAUCCACAGUGAACCUUGUUCAUGUGAAUCUUCCUAAGGGACUUCAUAUAACGUAUGACUCCCACUGCAGCAGCGCUACUUCAUACGGGCAGCUAACAGCAGAGUGUUCUGAUGUCCGAAUCAACCAAGCGAUUGAUUUUGAGAUAACUCUGACAAUGGAUAAAAAGAUGUGUCAGGAGGGGAUGCAGAGUUUCCACCUUAAGGUGUUGGGCUUCAAUGACGAAGUGAAGGUGGAUGUGGAGCCUCUUUGUAACUGUGACUGUAAAGAUGAAGAGGAUUUGUCAAACUAUUGCAGUGGAGGACAUGGAAACUAUAGUUGUGGCGUCUGCAGCUGUUCUGAGGGCUAUCGAGGAAAGCUUUGUGAGUGCCAGAGAGAUGAGCAGGACACAAUGCGUUGUUUGGGGAAUGGUUCAUUGCCGUGCAGUGGUCAUGGAAAGUGUGUGUGCGGACGCUGUGAAUGUUACCCAAAUAUGCAUGGAGCCCAAUGUCAGUGCGAUGAUACCAGCUGUGAAAGACACGAAGGACAGCUGUGUGGAGGUAUAUCCAGGGGUGUUUGCAAAUGUGGGAAAUGUGAAUGCAAUUCCAACUACACCGGAGACGCAUGCAGUUGCAGUCUGGAUACAAGUGCAUGCAAAACUGACGGUCAAAUCUGCAGUGGACAUGGACAAUGCAUGUGCAAUAAAUGUGUCUGUUAUUCAGGCUACUUCAAUAAGCUGUGUAGUGAGUGCCCUGGAUGCCAGAACACCUGUCAGAAGUACAGGGACUGUGUGGAGUGCAGAGUAUUUGGAACUGGCCUUCUUCAUGACAAUUGCACCUCUUCAUGUGCUCAUGUCAAUAUCACUAUGAUCAAACCUUCAGCACCAGAAGUAAGAGAAAACACUGAAUGGUGCCAAGAAAAAGGAGAGACAACAAUUGUUAAAUUUCUUGUGGUAGAAAAGGAAAAGUUUGCAUACAUAACUGUGGUGGAAGAGUCAGAGUUUGCAGAUGUAACACAGAAACUGAUCUUGGGUCUGGUCCUGGGAAUUACCUUAAUUGGGCUACUUAUUAUAAUAGUGUAUCGUGUUACUGUAGAAGUUAUUGACCGUCAGGAGUUCAAACAAUUCGAGAAAGGGAGGAAAUUAGAGCGGUGGAAUGAGGUGAACAACCCACUGUUUAAAAGUGCCACAACCACUGUAAUGAACCCUAAUUUCAAUCAGGAUUAACAAGCGCCACAUCUUAAACACAACCUGCUGCAUUCUUCUCCACACUGGAAUCAACAUCAUAAAAUGAGAUCUUAGAAUAUUUAUCGUUAAUAAAUGAGAUCUCAGGGAAAAUGUUAUAUAUAUAUAUAUUUGUAUAUAUUUUCUGUUGUGCUAUCAUUGUUUUACAUAUUUUAAAGAACACAAAUGUGUAAAAAAAAAUGUUUUUCAUUAGAGUAUUAAACAGAAUUUCUAUUUUU